AUGGCGGAACAGCCACAGGGUCUGGGAAGCUCAUAUACGCCAACGCCUCGCGAAACUGUACGACUUUUUCAGUGUCUCAUAUGCUCAAGGGUUAUCACCGAGCCUCUAAUACUACCAUGUGGCUAUCAUUGUUGUCAAAAGUGUCAACCCUCCGGGCCGUGCCCAAUUUGCAGGAACGUCCAUGACUCCCAACAUGGCCGAAUUGACCCAACACUUCGAAUGGUGGCAGCCUGUUUCGAAACAGAAUUGGAGUGUUUACGUGUAGCCUCCCUUAAUAUGGAUUUGUGCGCAGAGGUCGGAGUUCUGAAUAUCUCGACGCCCAAGUCCGAGUCCAGGAUUAUUCACAAAUCCUACCAGCAUGGUAAGCUGUUGGCCAUAUGGGAUCUUGUUCAAGACGGUAUUUUGGGGUGGGAGAACGAUAUCAGCUACUUCGAGCUUUGGCUAUCCCCGGAAAAGUAG